GUUUGCCAGCAGGAGCUGGUGAGCCUUACAAGAUGUGGAAAGCAGCCGUGGGACAUGACGUGUCAGUGAAGGUUGAGGCUCAGGGAGACGACUGGGACACUGACCCUGAUUUCGUGAACGACAUCUCCGAGAAGGAGCAGCGCUGGGGAGCCAAAACCAUCGAGGGCUCCGGACGCGCCGAGCACAUCGACAUCCAUCAGCUGAGGAACAAGGUGUCAGAGGAGCAUGAGGUCAUCAAGAAGAAGGAGCUGGAGACUGGCCCCAAGGCCUCCUAUGGCUAUGGGGGCAAAUUCGGAACAGAGAGGGACCGAAUGGAUAAGUGCGCAGUGGGCCACGAGUACAUUGCUGAUGUUGGGAAGCACUCCUCGCAGACGGAUGCAGCCCAGGGCUUUGGAGGGAAGUACGGAGUCCAGCGGGACCGAGCUGACAAGUCAGCACUGGGCUUUGAAUACAAGGGUGAGGUGGAGAAACACUCGUCCCAGAAAGAUUACUCCAAGGGCUUUGGUGGCCGUUACGGUGUGGAGAGGGACAAGGUGGACAAAGCAGCAGUGGGAUUUGACUACAAGAGCCAGGCAGAGAAGCACGACUCUCAGAAAGACUAUUCUGUGGGCUUUGGUGGGAAAUUCGGGGUCCAGAGGGAUCGUCAGGACAAGAGUGCCCUUGGCUGGGACCAUCAGGAGGAAGUGCAACCCCAUGCAUCCCAAACAGACUAUGCCAAGGGGUUUGGAGGCCGUUACGGGGUCCAGAAGGACAGAGUAGACAAGAGUGCUGCUGGAUUUAAUGAGAUGGCAGCUCCCACCUGCUCCUACGAGAAAACAAGACCACUGGAGGCAGGAGCUUCCAGCGGCACCAGCAGCCUGCGGUCACGGUUUGAAAACUUGGCUAAGUCAGCAGAGGAGGAGAGCAGAAGGCAGGCAGAGGAGGACCGGGUGAGGCGGCAGGCUCGGGAGUGCCAGGCGGCUCGGCGGAAGCAGGAAAUCCCACAGAGAGAGAAGGACCACACAGAGGCAUCCCCUGCCACCGUGCCAGCAAGGGUGCCCGGGAGUGCUGACCAAGACAGGGCUGUGUCACGAGGAGUACAGGAGGCAAAAAGGGAGGAUGAGGAAACACCACCCACUUUGCCACCAAGGCCAGCAGAUCUGGGCCAAGAGCUGUGCAAGAUCCCCAGCCAGGAUCAGCCCAUCUACAGUGAAAGUUUGGAUGUCAGUGGAGACUAUGAGGAGCUGCCAGAGCCCUCUGACUACUGUGACAGUACCAAUGGAGGUGCUGACUAUGAGGAGCUGCCAGCACCCUUGGGAAAGCCGGAUGCCAUCUACGACCAUGGAGGAGAUGGAGGUGAGGACUAUGAGGAGAUCCUUCCUGAGGAGCCCAGCCAGAGCCAGCCCCACCUGGGGGAAAUGGACAAUGUUUAUGAGGUGGAGAGCCCUGGGACCUGCGCAGUGGCUCUCUACGAUUACCAAGGAGAUGGAGAUGAUGAGAUUUCUUUUGAUCCUGACGACACAAUCACACACAUCGAGAUGGUAGAUGAAGGCUGGUGGCGGGGGCAGUGCCGGGGCAAAGUAGGCCUCUUUCCAGCAAAUUAUGUGAAGCUUCUGUAGUGAAACCAGCAUUGUCCAGGCUGCUUCCUUCCAAAGUUUUGCCUCUGUCUGCUUCAGCCGUUUACAUGUUACUAGCUUAAUGUGGCUCAGCCUGGUGCGUCUACAUGCAAGAAGCACCAAGAAGCAAACUGGCGGUGUCUGAGGGCAUGUUUUGGCCUGUGCCCAAGAGGACGAUGGUUUCCAUCCACUUCCAGAUGGGAAAGGUGGGAUGGUUUAAGAGCAUGUGAGCACGAUAUAAGACGUCUUUUCUACCCAGACUGUCCCACAUGUCAGCCAGCAAACUUGCAGAAGUGUGUCCAUUACUGUUCCCAACAGGGCAAUUCACAGAAAAGAAACACCAACUCUAAUCCCGUCACGGCAGAAGGGACAUGAGCUACGGGACCUUUUUAAGUUGCUGUGGCCCUGGAUUUCGUCCUACCCAGAGGUCAAGGAAAAGAGCACUGUGAAGGCCAAACUUGCCUUUGUUCCCCAGAAGGGUUUCCACUUGCCGGAUGAGCCAUGUUUGCAGCACAGAGUAGAGAAACAUGAACCUGGUCUAUCUGGCAGAUUUCAGGGCUGGGGCCUGGGAAUAUUUGACCAUCACAGUGAACACUGCUGACUUUUCCUGCAUACAGACCCAAGCUUGGCUGUAGCGAGCUGUUCCAUUAAACAAGAGAAGUGUGUGCUGGCUCAAUGAAAAUGUAGGAUGAUCUUGCUAAGGUAGAAGAGUACUCUCUUGGUUUUCCUCUGUGUACUAAGAAUGCUCUUGGGAGAUGUGUCAUUUCUGGGGUAAACCUUGGAAGUGUAAAAAUUAGAUUAUUUUCUGAGAAAAAUUAUUCAGGAAAAUCUGUCUCGGAGCAAGAGAAAAAUGCUAAAAGGCUUCACUUAACAAAGAGGCUGUUAAUAACUGUCUUGGUCCUCAUCCAGGCAGCCCAUCAGAGGAAUGUUCUGCUAGGGAAAUCCUUUCAAUCUAGCAAAUGAAUCAGAGUAAGUGCUGCUUGAUACAGUCAGUAGAAUAUUUUUAAGAGACCUCCAUUUUUCCUGUUAACUGCUCUGACAGUAUCAAUAAGCAUACACAUGCAGGUGGGGCAGGAAGAGCAGUCCCACAGCUUGUCUCUAGCCUAAGGGCUCCAGCGUGCUUUGCAGUCAAUGCUAAAGGUAGGUUCCCCCACCCAGUAUUUGGCUCAGCCCGUUCGUUCUCUGCUGUUGGGUGGUGUGAGUCCCUGUGCUGAAGUCAGGCCUCCCCAGUGUGGCAGUAAAAUAGUUAACGCCUCGUAGGCCUUUGCAGGACUCACUAGCUAAGAAAUAUUUGCAGGUAACGGUCUCACCGGUCUCACCAGUUUAAUUAACAAAGGAGUGAAUUAUUUGUUAAAGGGUGUGCUGGCUAGAGCCUCCUUAUCUGAAGAAUGCUGUUGUAAUUUACAAUAUCCUGCUUACCUGACACAGUUUGGUGAAGAAUGAGUUGCAUAAGCUAAAGGAAUAUAAACUCUGUAACUGCCCCCAUUUGGGCAAAGUUCAUAUCAGCAGUGUCUGUCACUCUGCUGCGCUGUGCUGUCCCUCACAGCGGUAAUA